AUGACAAACGGAACUUCAGAAAAACCCAAAGAGAAAACAAAGAAGUUUUCAAAGAAGCAACUGAGAGCCAGUGAUGGCUUACUUACUCUUCAAACCGGAACAAACCAGUUCGCGACACAGAAGGGCAUGUCCUUUGGCGCGGUCCGUCAUGGUGCCGACAUUAAGGCCGACGACUUGGAUCCCCAGGGGAACACCUUGCUGACGCAACAAGCCGCCACCAACAGGUUUGCGACCCAGAAAGGUAUGUCUUUCGGCGCUGUUCGCCAUGGUGUGGAUAUCCGCUCGGAUGACAUGGUUCCCGAGGGGUCCGCAGAGUUGAGCCAGCAGAUGGCGACAAACCGCUUUGCGACACAGAAAGGGAUGUCGUUCGGCGCUGUUCGUCAUGGCGCAGAUAUAAGAUGGGUUCCAACCAGUUUGCCUCUCAGAAAGGCAUGA